AGGAGCCAGCAGAAAAUGACAAGUUCUAACUGCUCGGUUUACAAUGAGCCUGUGGAAAUAGCCAUGCACAUCCUACUAAUUUUGGAAUUUGGGCUGGGACUCACAAGCAAUGCUAUUGCUUUUUGGACGUUCUACUUCCGUUUGAAAAUUUGGAAGUCACACGCUGUCUACUUGCUCAACCUGGUUAUUGCAGACGUCUUGCUGAACAUUUGCCUGCCGUUUCGACUGGUGCUUGCUCUCAGGUUUAGCAUUAUAGAGACAUGGGAUUAUAGAAAGCGACUCUGUUCAGUAAUACUCUUCGCACUCUCUCUUUCCCAAGCAGUCUCCAUCGCAUUUCUCACUGCUGUGGCUCUGGAUCGCUAUUUCCGGGUGGUCCACCCUAACAAUAAAACCAGCUCGCUCACAGCCAGGAAUGCUAAAGUCAUUGCUUGCUUGGUUUGGCUUUUAGCAAUUGGAUUGACUGUUGAGAUCCUGGUUGCUCCUCGACCCAAAAACUCCACGGAGUGCCGCAGUUUCACCCUACAAGGAGAAGCCAACUUCUACAGCAUCUGGCAUGUCAUCGUAUUCUUUUUGGAGUUUCUCAUUCCCUUUGGCCUCAUUUUGUUUUGCACAGUUGGCAUCAUCCGGAAGCUGAAGAAGAGCCCCCGUGAUUUGAGCAGUCAACCUAAGCUGCGGAAAGCUAUGUUGUUAGUGAUUGCAGUAGUGGUGGUGUUCGGAAUUUGCUUCCUGCCUAGCGUGUUGGGCAGAGUGCUUGUGUAUAUUCUCCAAAGCUUUGAAAGUUGUGCAGCUUUUCGUUUUGCUGUGAAUGUAUUUGAUGUUACUAUCUGCUGGACCUAUCUCAACAGUGCUUUGGACCCCAUCGUGUACUGCUUCUCAAGUCCGACUUUUCGAAGUUCCUAUAGAAAGAUCUUUAAUUCUCUAAGGGUGAGAAGAAAUGAAGUGGAACCCCAGAGCUUGGACAUUUCCAAAGAUUCUGAAAGUUGAAGCCAUUGGAAAGAUUCUGAUAAUCUCUAAUGUAUAUGUCAGGUUGGAAAGGAAACUCCCCCCCCCCCCCCGGCCCCAUUACCAAAUGGAGGGUCUGUCAGAACUCAGCCGUUCUAAAUCCUUUCAUUCCAUUGGGCUGGAAUUCUAGUUAAACAAGUCAAAAACCUAGAUGUAACGUUAGGUGAUGUAUAUCAGCAUAGCUCCAUUGACUUAAGUGGAGAUAUGCCAAUUUAUGCCAGCAGAGGAUCUGAUUAUUUCUUUUUACAAAAUCUACAGUCUAAGGGCCCUGAUCUUGCUCCCACUAAAGUUGAUAGUAAACUCCUACUGACUCCAGUGGAAGUAGGGAAUGCUGUCUUAAAUCAGUUUAAAAUUGUGAUAUAUACAAAAGCCAAAUAGAUUCUCCAACCCUUAAAAUUAUUUUCUUAUACUUAGCUGUACCUAAUAUAAAGAUUAACAUGAAUGAAGCUUUACAAGCAGUUGUUCCUUAUAUGUUGACUGAAACUUGAAUUUAGAUUAUAAAUAAUUCUGUCCAAACUA